AUGGCCGACCACGACAAGCCCCCCGCGUACGGCGGCCCUCCCCCUCAACACCCGCAACAAGCCUACCAGGGCUACGGCUCCCCGCCUCCCCCCGGCGGCCCAGGAGGCUACGGCGGCCCUCCGCCCGGCCAAUACUACUCCCCCGGCCCGGAGAUGAAUUACGGCCACCAGCAAGGGCCCUACCCGCCUCCGGGACAGUACCCUCCCGGGCAAUAUCCUCCCCAGGGACAGUACCCGCCCCAGGGCCAGUACGGGCAGCAGUACCCGCCGCAAGGCGGCUACUACCAGGACAACCGCGGCGGCGGCUCGGGAGGCGGCAUCAUGGCUGGUCUGCUCGGUGCGCUCGCGUGCUGCUGCUGUCUUGACUGCUUGUUCUAA